GGAGGAGGCUGGGCCGGGCCGGGCCGCCUAUUUGAGGGAAAGUAGCGCUCGGCGGGCGCUCAGUGCCGGCCGCCGCGGAGAGGCAGCGGGCGAGCGGCCGCCGGUCGGUGCCCGCAGCCGGCGCGACGCUGCCCCCCUGCCGAGGACUGCCGCGCUCGUCGCACGAGUGGCGGCGGGGGGAGCCGCCCCGCGGGGCCGCCUCUGCCCCUUCCCCGCCGCGCCGUUAAUGGAAACAUGGCGAUGGCGGCUCCGACCGGCAGCGCGGCGCCCGUCGCCCCGGCCCUCUGCGGCCACCUGGCCCUGCUGCUGCUCCUCGCCGCCCCCGCCGCUCACGGCUACAGCUUCCCCCAGCAGCACACUAUGCAGUACUGGGCCAGGAGGCUGGAACAGGAGAUUGAUGGAGUGAUGAGGAUAUUUGGUGGAGUCCAGCAGCUCAGAAAGAUCUACGAUGACAAUAAAAACCUGUUUGAAGUCAAGGAGAAUGUGCCCAGGAAAUUGGUGGAGAAGGUCGCAGGGGACAUUGAGAGCCUCUUGGCCAAGAAAGUCCGUGCUUUAAAGAGACUUGCCAACGCGGCGGAGAAGUUCCAGAAGGCUCACCACUGGCAGGACAACAUCCGGGAGGAAGACAUCGAGUACUACGACUCCAAGGCCGACACUGAAUACGACGAUCCUGAUGGAGAAGAGAUCGAGAGGGAGAAGUCCAACUCCUUGAAGCUGGAGUUCACUGAUGAUGACAACUUCAAGACCAAGGUUAACUAUUCAUACGCCGCCGUGCAGAUCCCCACGGACAUCUACAAAGGCUCCACCGUCAUCCUCAACGAGCUGAACUGGACGCAGGCCCUGGAGGACGUGUUCAUCGAGAACCGCAAGGAGGAUCCCUCCCUGCUCUGGCAGGUCUUCGGCAGCGCCACCGGCGUCACCCGCUACUACCCCGCCACCCCUUGGAGAGCCCCCAAUAAGAUCGACCUCUAUGACGUGCGCCGGCGGCCCUGGUACAUCCAAGGUGCCUCCUCCCCAAAGGACAUGGUCAUCAUUGUGGACGUGAGUGGCAGUGUGAGCGGCCUCACCCUCAAGCUGAUGAAGACCUCGGUGUAUGAGAUGCUGGACACCCUCUCAGAUGAUGACUAUGUCAACGUGGCCUCGUUCAAUGAAAAGGCAAAGCCGGUGUCGUGCUUCAAGCACCUGGUGCAGGCCAACAUCCGGAACAAGAAGGUGUUCAAGGAGGACGUGCAGGGGAUGGUGGCCAAAGGCACAACAGACUACAAGGCUGGCUUUGAGUACGCCUUCGACCAGCUGCAGAACUCCAACAUCACGCGUGCCAACUGCAACAAGAUGAUCAUGAUGUUCACGGACGGCGGUGAGGACCGAGUACAGGAUGUCUUUGAGAAGUACAACUGGCCCAAUAAGACGGUGCGGGUCUUCACCUUCUCCGUGGGGCAGCACAACUACGACGUGACCCCGCUGCAGUGGAUGGCAUGUGCCAACAAAGGUUACUACUUCGAGAUCCCCUCCAUCGGCGCCAUCCGCAUCAACACGCAGGAGUACCUGGAUGUGCUGGGCAGGCCCAUGGUGCUGGCUGGGAACCGAGCCAAGCAGGUUCAGUGGACCAAUGUCUACCAGGAUGCCCUGGGGCUGGGCCUGGUGGUGACAGGAACGCUGCCAGUGUUCAACCUGACAGAGGACAGCAGUGACAGGAAGAACCAGCUCAUCCUGGGUGUGAUGGGAAUCGAUGUGGCUCUCAAUGACAUCAAGAGGCUGACACCUCGUUACAACCUGGGGGCCAAUGGCUACGUCUUCGCCAUCGACCUGAACGGCUACGUCCUGCUGCACCCCAACCUGCAGCCCCAGAUCAUCAAUUUCCGUGAGCCAGUGACGCUGGACUUCCUGGAUGCUGAGCUGGAGGAUGAAAACAAGGAGGAGAUCCGGAGAAGCAUGAUUGAUGGGAAUGACGGGCAGAGGUUCAUCAAGACCCUCAUCAAGUCCCUGGACGAGCAAUACAUCGAUGAGGUGUUCCGGACCUACACGUGGGCUCCCAUCAAAAGCACCAACUACAGCCUGGGGCUGGUUCUGCCUCCCUACAGUACCUACUACAUCCAGGCCAACCUCAGUGACCAGAUCCUGCAAGUGAAGUAUUUUGAAUACCUGCUGCCCAACAGCUUUGAGUCGGAGGGACAUGUGUUCAUUGCUCCCAGAGAGUAUUGCAAAGACCUCGACUUGUCGGAUAACAACACCGAGUUCCUGGAAAACUUUAUUGCCCUCAUGGAAAAGGUGACCCCAGACUCCAAGCAGUGCGACAAUUUCCUCCUGCACAACCUGAUCCUGGACACAGGUAUCACACAGCAGCUGGUGGAGCAAGUCUGGAAAGAUCAGGACCUCAACACGUACAGCCUCUUGGCUGUCUUCGCAGCCACUGACGGGGGCAUCACCCGUGUCUUCCCUAACAAGGCCGCAGAUGACUGGGAGGAGGAACCGGAGCCCUUCAACGCCAGCUUCUACCGGAGGAGCCUGGACAACAAGGGCUACAUCUUCAAGCCACCCUACCGGGAUGCUGGCUACCGGGGGCUGGAGCUGGAGAACAACACCAUCGGGAUCCUGGUGAGCACCGCCGUGGAGCUCAGCAUUGGGGGCAAGACCCUGAAGCCUGCAGUGGUGGGGGUGAAGCUGGACUUGGAAGCCUGGGCCGAGAAGUUCAAAGUGCUGGCGAGCAACCGGACAGACCGUGACCAGCUGGGCACCCGCCAGUGUGACCCCUCAAGCAGCUGUGAGAUGGACUGUGAGGCCAACAACAAGGACCUCAUCUGUGUCCUCAUCGAUGAUGGGGGCUUCCUGGUACUCUCCAACCAGGAGGACCACUGGUACCAGGUGGGCAAGUUCUUCAGCGAAGUGGAUGCCAACCUGAUGUCUGCCCUCUACAACAACUCCUUUUACGCCCGUAAAGAGUCCUACGACUUCCAGUCCGUCUGUGCCCCUGAGGCCCCCAGCAACACGGGCGCGGCGCCCCGCGGCGUCUUUGUGCCCACUGUGGCCGACCUCCUGAGCCUCGCCUGGUGGACCUCAGCUGCGGCCUGGUCGCUGUUCCAGCAGUUCCUGUACAGCCUCACCUACAGCAGCUGGUUCCAGACGGAGGAGGUGGUGGGGGACGGCAUGGAGGCCAGGGAGACGAGCUGCAUCAUGAAGCAGACCCAGUAUUACUUCAGCACCGUCAACGCCACCUACAACGCCAUCAUCGACUGCGGCAACUGCUCUAGGCUCUUCCAUGCACAGAGACUGGCCAACACCAACCUGCUCUUCGUGGUGGCUGACAAGCCCCUCUGCAGCCAGUGUGAGUCUGUCAAGCUGCUGCAGGCAGAGGUAAGAGCCCCCCCGAGGGACCCCAACCAGUGUGAGCUUGUGGACAGGCCCCGCUACCGGAAAGGCCCCCACAUCUGCUUCGACUACAAUGCAACAGAAGAUACCUCAGACUGUGGCCGAGGGGCUUCCUUCUCCCCCUCCCUGGGGGUCCUGCUCUCGCUGCAGCUGCUGCUCCUCUACUCCAGCACCAGCCGGCAUCCACUGCCCCCGGCCGCCUGCCUUUAGCCCCCUGGCCGCCCUCGCCAGCUCUCUUUUCUUUCAACUUCCAUCUCCAUGCCCCACCCCGGCCCGGUGGGGCGGGAGCGCCGUCCCCUCCGCCGCCCCGGUGCCGCCCCGGUGCCGCCCCGCUCUCCCCGCCGGCCGCAGCCAAAGAGGAGCCGGGGCGCGGCCGGGGCUCCCCGGCACAGCGGGGACCGGGACGGGGCGCGACGCCCUCCCGGCCACUCGGACUUGGAACAGUGGCGUCGGUGUCCUCCCCCCGCGACCCCCCCAUCCACCUCGCCUAUUUUUUUAGCCUGAAGAUUUUAAAGCAGAUAUUUCUACAUCGAGUUUCCAACAUUUUCAUCUGGAGGCCGGCGGGGUUUGUUGUCAGCAAGGAGGACACAUGGGAAAAAAAAAAAAAAAAAAAGAAAGGGAAAAAAAAAAGGGGGCGGUGGGGGUUGGGAGGAGAAAGAAAAGAGAUAAUAAAAAAAGAAAAGAAAGGAGAAAAGAAAAGAAAAGAAAAAAGAAAAGGAAAAGAAAAGAAAAGAAAAGAAAAGAAAAGAAAAGAAAAGAAAAGAAAAGAAAAGAAAAGAAAAGAAAAGAAAAGAAAAGAAAAGAAAAGAAAAGAAAAGAAAAGAAAAGAAAAGAAGAAAAGAGAAAAAGGAAGAGAAAAAAAAAAGGGAAAAAAAAAAAAGAGAGAAAAAAUAAUCCCUGCGGGGUGGGGCUGGAGCAGACAGGGGCGGAGGGCAGUGGCCUUUGGCUGCGCCGGGGCGCGAUGGAGCCCCCGGUCCCUGCGCUAGGCUCAGCCGUUCUUGGGCACAGAUACUGAGGUGAAAGGAGGGGAAAAAAUGUAUUUUGUUUCUUUUCCGUUCUGCAGAUCACUGUGAAUCCUGCCCGCUCAGCCCUGCCCCCCACCCCCAGCCCCGCCCGGACCCCCUUGCCCUGCCAAAGAAGCCGCCCUGGCCGGGGGGACGCGCCCUGUGCCCCCUGCGGGCCGUGCCGCACGUCCUCGAGUGCCAAACGGAGCGGGAGGUGCCACAUGUCCCCGCAAGGGCCGUGCCAGGCGCCCACGCCGUCCCUCGGGCACCGGGGCAGCUCCCGGGGUCGGGGGGCGGGAGGUGCCCCGGGGGGCCGGGGCUCACGCGGGGCUGUUGUGUCCCCUCGGUCAAUCCGCUGGGUGCCAAGGAGGGGGACGGCGUGUCAGCUCAGCCCUGGCACCCCACAGACCCCACUGCACCCCGCAAACCCAGCCAGAAGAGGUGCAGCGGGGCUGGAGGGGCCCGAGCAGGGUGACAGUGCCGCCCCUCCUCGCCCCCCGCUGCUCCCGGCAGUGCCGGGGGUCCCUGGGCAGCCUUGGGGACCCUCACCCCCCCGGGGCACCCCGCUCAGAGCCACCCCAUCAACCGGGUCCAGGGGAGCCCCCUCAGCAUGGCCACCCCGGGGGGGCUGGGGAGGGCGCCAGGCGCUAAUUAAUGCUGGGGUUAAUUAAUGGUCAUUCUGCUUGUAGCUUUUUCAGUGUGUGUUUGGUUACUGUCUCUGGGAACCGUGUUUGAACAGAUGGCUCUGUGUUACCGGGAGUGUGUGUACUUCUGUAGUCUAGUUAGGUGCUCUGCCAGAAAACCACCACUAUACAUACCUAUAAAUAUAUACAUAUAUAGUCUAUUUUAAGUUAAAAACCAAUGAGACGAAGGGGCGGCGUGGCCCCGGGCCCCCCGUCCCACCGGGGUCACCUCCUGCCCUGUCCCCACCCAAAAGCUUCUCUCUUCUCAUUCAAAGGCAUUGGGUUUUUAAUUGAUUUUCUUUAAUUUAUUUUUAAUUUCUUUGGGUUUCUUUCCUUUUUUUUUUUUUUUUUUUUUUGUACAGAAGAGUUGGAAAACUAAAAAAAAAAAAAAACCAACAAAAAGACAAUUUGUAAGAUAUCGUGCGUGUGACUCCUUGUAAAAUAUUUUCAAAUGGUUUAUUACAGAGACUCAGUUAUUAAAUAAUGUUCAUAUUUUCACUUCA